AUGACUAUAAUAGGAGCGAAUCUACGCCUACUUCUCUCUCGAGGUUUGAUUCUGCAGAUAAUUUUAACAGAAAAAAACAAAACUCUAUUGAGACAGGUUAAGUCUUGAGGUAACGAAACCCAUCUGUGUCAUAUCAAUGCUGGGUCGAGUGAACCAAUUUUGAAGGAAAACACAUUUGUUUCACGUAAUUUCCGCUCGAAAUGCAUUUCAACCGCUUGCUUCGAUCAUUUGAUAUGUUUCUCCAUAGAGGUCCCGACAAACCUAGAUGGGAUCUUCUACCCAUCACGCCCUAUGAUGGGCGACUGUCUCUUCGUCUUCUACCCAUCACGCCCUAUGACAGCGAUUUGGGGUUGAAAUUUGAGGUGGAUGCUAGGGGGGGAGGGUGGGGUGGAGAUGUGGCUAGGAGGAGGUUUGGGGCUGAGUCAGAUUUUUUGGCCUGUAAGAUGCGUCCCAGCCCCCUUCCUCUUCUCAUAUACUGAGUGGGAUACAGGCUCAGUGAAACGUAUAGGUCUAUGCGUGGAAGGAUGAGAAGUGAUCGAGGAAGAAAAGGCGUUCAUCAGUGCAUGCAACAAGGAGACUCUCUCUAAAUUACUGUUAGUAACAGAGUUUUUCAAACAGGCUGAUAACCAUGAUAAUUGAAAUCUCAUAUGAUAUACUAUUUAGUCUGUCGUAGGCAGCCCAAAAGAGGAGAAGAGGAUGAAAAUUUAGAAUAUGUCAGCCCACCCUCAAGAUAACUCAUCAGUUUUCUAUGACUACGAAGGAAAUUCUCAUGGAAUAAUUUAUUAUCGUUCAAAUGAUUUUAUUUCCUGUUCUUUGAAGACAAUCACGUCCUGUUCUUUAGUUCUGAAAUGGUAUUGUUGAUUCUCGGGGACGGAACCUUCGCAAAUUGAGAACAGUGGAUACGAUGCGGGUCUCAGGUAAGAGUCUGGCAGUAGAUAUUCGAUCUUGAAUUCAAUACCAGGCAAAAUGGUCAGUUUCAGUCGGUGUAAUAUUAAUCAACCUCUACCGUUUUCAACUUGGUUGUCCACAACAAAAGACAAAUAGAUUUAACAUUAAGAGGAUCAGAAUUUCUGGGGCUCAAUCAGAAAAAUGAAAAAGAUUGUGAAAGGUGAAUAUAUUAGGAAAUCUCAGAUCGAAUAAGAAUAAAAUCUAAGAGAAGUUCAACAAUAUCCCGCUGUACUUUUUGCCGCAACGAACGCAGAAAUUGGUCCAGCAACUCCCUGGAGAUGGAGAGGAAAUUGAUACCUCAGUAUAUGAAAACAAUCAUGAAGCUAUUUCCGGAACCAAAGAUCUCACGCCAUCUGGUUCUCGAGCAACCACGUCAUAGCUACGUAAUGAACUUCUGGAUUGGGAGUAA